CUUUGGUUUGUUUCUUGUCGCCGUCUCCACGGUUAGUUCUAGAUCACUUUCCCCGUAGCUUUAGCUUAGCUCUGCAGGAGGAGAUGAUAGCAACCGACAACUACAACCUCUGGAUCGGAACGGGAAACCGGGCGGGCCUAGCUAACCAGACGAUUUGUUGCACGUUGCUAUGCUAGCGCUCCGGUCGGUCAGUGCCCACUCCACUAGCCUGGGCCAGCCAGCAGGGGUUUCCUACUCAAAGCUAUCCAACCAUGGCAAGCACUGCCUAAUUCCCGGGCACCAGUGGCGCGCCCAUUCAACCGUCGACACAGCAUCGUGGGGGUAGCUUAGCUUGCUGCAUUAUUUGCCCAUCACCGAAGGUUCCUCAUAGUACUCUCUUCGACUCUUUUGACCUUUUUUGUUUCCUUUUUGCUCACUUAAUCCGUUGCAUACUGUAACUGCCCCGAGCGAGUGAGUGAGCUGGUGAAGCCGCUCAACAGUUCGCGAGCUCGAUCUCCUACCGUGUAGCAGCAAGCCAGCAAUCAUCGAGCCGCUUGCUUGGAUACCCGCAACCCAGCUCCGUAUUCCAGAGCAGAUUUGGUUAAGCAGCUCCGAUGGCUGUACCGGUGGAAAGCAGGGGGGCCGCAGGCGGGUGGGUUAAGGCGGGGCGGGCCCACGUGUCGGCCGAAGUUUGGUGAUUAUGGUUGCCGAGAGCACUCGAGAGCGUCACGCUGCCAGCCUGCCGUGCCAGGUUAAUCGCCCCUGCUGGCGUCUCAACAAAAGCGGGCUGCGCUGAGCUGAGUGCUGAGGCGCUCCACUCAGUCCCUUGCUUGCCCACCAGCCUCCUCCUCCCUUAUCUCUUCCUCCCGGGUGGACCGACUCCUCUGCACCUGCAGCAAAGGUGGCAAAGCCAGCUUCAGGCAUCCUGCAUCUCCAUAGCAGCACAAGAUGUCGACGGUGGUCAUGAGGGUGGAUCUCGAGUGCGAGAAGUGCUACAAGAAGAUUAGGAAGGUCCUCUGCAAGGUCCAAGACAAAGUGAGCAUCAGGACCAUCACCUACGACGAGAAGAGCAACACGGUGACGGUGUCCGGGCCCUUCGACGGCGAGGAGGUCGCGGACCGGCUCACCUCCGACGCCGGCAAGGUCAUCACCGACAUACACGUCGUCGGGUCCGGGCUCGGAGGCGGAGGGAAGCAGAAGCACGCCGCCGCCGCCAACGCCAAGGCGCCCAAGCCCGGGAAGGCCAACGGCCACGGGCACGGGCACGCGCAGGGACAUGGCCAUGGCGGGCACGGCGGUGGAGGCCACGGCGGCGGGGGCGGCGGCAAGCCGGAGAAGAAGCACGUCAAGUUCGACGACGACGACGACAUGGACGACGACUUCGACUUCGACUUCGACAUGGGCAAGAAGCCGGCGGCCGGCGGGCACGCGCACCACGGGCACGGCCACGGCCACGGCCACGGCGGCGGCAAGCCGAAGAUCGUGACCACCAACACCCCCGUGGCGGCGCGGCUGGAGGCGCCCCGCACCGGGCCCCCGAUGUCGAUGGCCGCGGCGCCGCCCGUGCGGAUGCCGGGGAUGAUGGCGCCGAUGAUGCCGCAGCAGCCGCAGGCGACGGCCGUGCCGUCCAUCUGGCCGCCCGCCCCCGAGUGGGGCUACAGCACGCAGCCUUACGGCAGCUACAGCGGCCCGCCGGCCGGAGGGUACUACGGCGGGCCCGCGCCCGCGGCGUACGGCCACGCCGCGUACGGGCCGUCGCCGUACGGCUACGGCAGGAGCCCCUACGGGCAGCAGUACUACGAGGAAGAGCCCAGCGCCGGGUGCAGCGUCAUGUGAUCAGCUCGCCGCGCCUCACCCCCGUGGUCUCAGGUCUCAUCGCCCAUGGCCGGCCGCGGCCGGGCAAGGAAGCCUUUCGAUUUCGGAGAUACAGUAUAUGAAAGGUCUGCAACCUCGUGAUGUUUGUUGUUCAUUGUAAAAUCCCUACUAGUACAUGUUAGCUAGGGUGUAUAUUUUUCACUUCCUUUUGCUUUGCUUCAUGUGUUGGGGGCUUGGGGUAUGUGAAUACGUUCUCUUGUAUCUUGUUCGUGCGUUUUGGAGAGAUUAGAGUGGUUUUUACAACAGAGUGAGUAGGUGUGAUUGUAGGAUGAAGCGCACUCUCCAAUGUAAUUAAAGAUGAACAACCGUAUGCAUGCAUGCUACUCUUGCUGUCUCUGUCUCU